AUGGCGGAGGAGGGAGUUAUAGGGGAACUUUGGACCCGGCUCCCCAUCCAGCCCUACUUACCUCUGUUCUCUCCCUCCCGGACGACCCUCCCCCAGAUGGAGAAGAUUAAAUCCCUGCAAGUAGCCAACGCCAACCUGCGGUACAUGAAUUUGCGGUUGAAGGAGGAGAACGAAGUCUUCAAGUCAACAGAGGAAAUCCUUCUCAGGGACAACGACAAGAUCAAGCAGAGGAUCAUUCAGCUGACGGAGCUGCAGGAGAGCCUGGGUGACCCCAUGGAGCCCAAUGGCAGCAGCCCCCGGCCCGGGAACACCAGCCACCCCAAGGAUCUCUUCGCCGGCCUGGAGCUGCUGCUGCAAUUCAAGCCGCUCUUCAUCCCCCUCUACUGCCUCCUGGUGGCCAUGGCCUGCCUGGGCAACGCCUUCCUGGUGGGCUGCAUCGCCGCCAACAAGAAGCUGCACAACGCCACCAACUUCUUCCUGGGCAACCUGUCGCUGGGCGACCUGCUGAUGUGCCUGAUCUGCGUGCCCCUGACGGCCUCCUACGCCUUCGAGGGGCGGGGCUGGCUCUUCGGGCGCGCCAUGUGCCACGCCGUGGCCCUGCUGCAAGCCGUCACCGUCUACGUCUCGGUGCUCUCGCUGGCGGCCAUCGCCGUGGACCGCUACGUGGUGGUGGCCUACCCCGUGCGGCGGCGCAUCGCCCUGCGCUACUGCGGCCUGGUGGUGGCCACCAUCUGGGCCCUGGCCCUGGCCCUGGCCGCGCCGCCCGCCUGGCACAUCAGUUACGUGGAUCUGCGGCCCAUCGGACACGACGUGAUCAUCUGCGAGGAGUUCUGGAGGCACAUGGAGAGGCAGAGGCUGGCCUACUCCUGCGCCAUGCUCCUCCUCUCCUACGUGGUGCCCCUCCUGGCCGUCACCGUCUCCUACUGCUCCAUCUCGGCCCACCUUCGCCGGAGGAGCCUGCCCGGCUCGGCCAACCUCAGCCAGGCCCGGUGGGACAAGAAGAAGCGCAAGACCUUCCUGUUGCUGGUGGUUUCUGUCCUGGUCUUUGCCCUGUGCUGGCUGCCCUUGCAGGUCCUCAACCUCCUCCGGGACCUGGACCCCGAUUUCACCCUCCUGGGCAAGCGCUACAUCAACCUGGCCCAGGUCUCCUGCCACCUGGUCGCCAUGAGCUCGGCCUGCUACAACCCCUUCAUCUACGCCUCGCUGCACCGCAAGUGCCGAGCCCACCUGCUCGGCUACGUCCGGCACAGGCAGCGGCACAACGGGCAGUGCGCCCGCGCCAACACCUGCCUCAGCCUCCUGCCCGACGCCCCGGGACUGGGACAGGGCGAUCGAGCUGCCGGGGACAACGCGGUCUAG